CACGCCGAGUCAUGAACUCUUGGAACCGACUGUCGAAGAAGUGUUGUCUGCAACCUCAACUGAUUCAAGAACGGUUUGGACAAUAACAGAAGUUUACUAGAAAGCGAUGAAUAUCGGCUACAAGCCUCCUAUCCCCAACUAAUAAAUGUGAAUCUGAACUUUCCAUGACCUUUUGACUAAUAUUUUACGUGUAUCAGACACAUCGAACAACUACCUUGUUUAAGGCCUUCUGUCACCUUCGUCAUUGAGGACAGCGAUAUACUUUAUGGAGUGCGGCUGUUUAUACACGCCUAACCUAUUCUCCCUUCCAGUCUGAAGACAGGUUAGUUGACUAGGAAAAUUUGCUGAUUGGUUAUUGGCUGAUUCCCCAGUCUUUCGAAGGUCAUAUCAGCGUUAAUCCACCUUGGAGUACUAUUUGAAAUGUUUUCUUUUAGAAGGAAGUAGACAUUAAUAGUUGUUGAAAUGAAUGUCACGAAUUUCUUCCACAGUUUACCGAAAAUUGAAUUGCAUGCUCACCUUUCAGGUAGUAUCAGUAGGACGUUUCUGAAAAAUGAAGUAACUGCUCAUCAGGAUAUUCAUAAUAUUCAUUCGUGCUUUGAUAAUUGUUUGCGCGAAGGUGAUCUUAAAGGUUGUUUUGACUUUUUUCGCACUACUCAUAAUCUAAUUCAGACGCCGGAAAUUUUGGAAUCGGCAACAACUUCUGUCGUAGAAGAAUUUCAUCAGGAUAAUGUUAUAUAUUUAGAAUUGAGAACUACGUUGCGACCACUUCCUACUCAUCGUUCUUAUUUAAAUGCUGUAAUUAAAGGCAUACAAAAUGCUCCAAGUGUAAUCGAUGGAAAAAUGUGUGUGACACUAUUACUCUCUAUAGAUAGGUCAAAAAGUGUUGAUGAUGCAUUAAUCACCUUAAACUUGGCCAAAGAAAAUCUUUCUAAUGGAUUAAUAUCUGGUCUUGAUGUCAGCGGAAAUCCGCAAGUAGGAAAUUUAUGUGAUUUCAUUCCAAUCCUAAAUGCAGCUCAUUUGUAUGGUUUAAAAACAACUGUACACAUUGCUGAAAUAGCUGAUCAAAGUGAAGAUUGGUUAAGAUUUCUAAAGAAUCACUUACCAGAUCGUUUGGGACACGGAACAUUUUUAACGAAUUCGGAUGUAAAUGCAACUGCGGCAAAAGAAGUUGUGCUCAAUUCUCAUAUACCCUUAGAGUUAUGCCUUACAUCAAAUAUCAAAUCAAAAACUGUUGAAACCUAUGAAUCUCAUCACAUCAAUUAUUGGAUGAACAGAGAACAUCCGGUCUGUAUUUGUACUGAUGACAAGGGCUUAUUUGAAUGUACGCUAUCAGGAGAAUACCAGUUAGCUGUUGAACGUUGUGGAUUAAGUCAACAGCAAGUUUUUAAAAUACUCGAUAAUUCUGUUGAUAUGACAUUCUGUUCUGAAAAUACCAAAAGCCAAUUGUCAAGCAAAAUAAAAGAAUAUUCCAAUAGUUUCUUAUCUGACUGUCAAGAAUAUAAUUAAUAACAUUAUUUUGAUAAGGUCUGUACUCUUCAUAACGCAUAAAUUUAGUAAUUUGCAGGGGUUUUGGAUUUUUCUGGGUACAACCAUAGGGCAGAAAAGUGUUAACUAGACAACUUGUGAUUUGAAAGUCUUUAUAAGCAUCCGAUGGCGCACAUACAAAUCAAGGUUCAAGAUGACAGUAAAUAGGAAACCAACACAUUGAAAUAAAUAUUUAAACUUCCAGUCUGACUAUCCAAUAAGCAAUGAAAGUUGCAGUAGCUCUAAAUCUGCUAAUUAAAGAUUAAAAGAAACGAAUGUAAGCUAUUGAAGUAAUAGAGAAGAUUUGUAGCUCAGGUGGAUGAUUUUGAUGUGGUUUUGUUCUCUGAGCUGGAUGGUUAGUUUGCGAAGCUUUCAUCACCUUACUGGAUGACAUCUUCAGCGCAUACUUCAAUUUGAAGUGAGCUAUUAGAUUUCUCCACGAGUUUAUUGAUCAUCUCUCCUGGUGACCUUGGACGUGAUUGGUUGUUUGUGUGUGUUUUCACACCUUCUAGGUUACUUGCAUUGGAACCGGUUGUUUCUUUGACUUGAACUUUGACCCUUUGUGUAUGAAGUUUCUUUCUUAUUGGUUGAUAACUUUUGUCUAUCUCG